AUAUAAUCAUGAUAGUCAUUUACACUCUGUAUAGUGCAAAUGAAAUUUUAAAAUGUUUUAUAUAACACACGUAAUAUAUUCGUAAAAGUUUUUAUAAAUGUUCCAAUGCUGAGUAACUGUAGAUCGUGUGUGUCGUUCCUGGGAGCAAUUUUCGUUCGUUAAAAUGUUUACGCUUUAUUGAAUCUGCAUCAAUAAUAAGGCAUAUAAUAGCGACGUUUUAUGCGUCGUACAUCUUCAUUCUGAAUAACUUACUAGGCCCAUAUGUUUAUAGUUAAGCUAUAACAGUAAGUGAUCAAUGGAACAUCGGACUUUGCGCUCGCGCCGUCGUACUUCACUCGUCGGUGUAUGUAUAUUCCCUUUUCCUUGCUUCGAAUGUUUCUACCCAAAUCACUAAAAAAGUCAGUUAAUUUUGAAAUCGUAAUUGAAAUUUUAAUUCUGUAUAUAAUGGUGAAUAUGUAAUAUUCAUGUCGUCGUCUUUUACACUUUGAUACACUUCUAUAAGUGUAAUUAAUCAUUAUCUGUUAUAACAUAUAUAAGUAUUGACUGGACAAACAAUUGUUCGAAAUCAGAUCCAUCAUGAUUUCCCAACCAAUUGUGGUACCUGGAGGUGAACAUCGAACAUCACAAUCAGAAACCCACUCUAUGUCUGUUGGAAGUACAUCUGAUUGCUUUAAGACCAUGACACCGCCGAAUGUAAGCAGAUCACUUAGUAACCGUGUUAGUGACAGUGGAUAUGGUACAUUACCAAGUAAGCUAGAACCAGUGGAUCAACAACUUCGACGAAGCAGUGUUCAAGUUCAAUCUGCAACAUUACCUAAACUUCCAUCAACAGAGUCCCUAUCAACAAGUGUAAAUUUUGCAACUGCUGCACCUCCACUAUCUCCAGGUUUAACAACUACAAUGGGAGAAACAAAUCAAAAAACAGAUAACGCAUCUGAUAAGUCUUUAGAUUCUUGUAAGUUAACAAGAAAAGAAUCAUAUAAGGCUCAAAGAAAGAAUUACCGGAUGGAGAAGAAAAGAGUUGCCAAUGAACUCUUAAGUUCGUUUAAAGAUCCAACUGUUAUUGUUAUGAGCGAUUGGCUUAAAGUUCGUGGUACAUUAAAGAGUUGGACAAAAUUGUGGUGCAUCCUGAAGCCUGGUUUACUAUUGCUAUACAAAAGUCCAAAAACAAAAAGUAAUCACUGGGUGGGAACGGUUUUACUUAAUACAUGUCAAGUAAUAGAACGUCCAAGCAAGAAAGAUGGAUUUUGUUUUAAAUUGUUUCAUCCCUUGGAACAGUCAAUAUGGGCUCCAAGAGGCCCAGAAAAAGAAGCUAUUGGUGCGGUUGUACAACCUUUGCCAACAUCUUAUUUAAUAUUUAGAGCACCUUCACAGGCAGCUGGUAAAUGUUGGUUGGAUGCACUUGAAUUAUCUUUACGUUGUUCAUCUUUAAUAGUACGCUCAACAAGUGCAUUACCGCGUGCUUUACCACAUGAUACUACAACAACUCAUGAAACUCAGUGGAGUGAAGCAGAUUAUGAAAAACACUUUGAUGAACAUGUAUGCUUGUCUAAUUAUGCUCCUCAAUCACCUACAACACCUCAAAGACGUUUGUUAUCAUGUCCUCAGCCUUUAACACCUUCUAUGUCAAAUAAUCCUAAAAGUGUUUGUCCUUCACCAACUCCAAUGUUUCAGCAGUUAUAUCAUGCAGUAGCAUAUUGGGAGAAACAAUUUUGCGAUAAAUCUCCACCUGUCGCUGCAGAUACAGAUAUUAUUUUGUCUUCGAAUACUGUAGACAUGUUAGGUGAUGGAGAUACUUAUCCCCAUUUUGAAUCUUCUAUCUCCAAGCCUAUUACGUCUUGCACUCGACGCAUGACUGUUCCUUCUGUACAUGUCCUGGAGUAUGAUACUCCAACAGUAGUAACGCUAGAUCCUAUGCACUCCUCACAUAUAGACCUGGACGACAUUAGCCAACCAGAGAACGGAGUAGCAGCUGAUGCAGAAAUUAGUGCAUCAGACAGUGAAUCUGAAGGGUCAGCUAAAGAAGAUCAACAAGAAACAAUUAACGAAACUCUAUAUGUUGCGAAUGAGCAAGAAGUCCUUGGAGCGGCUGGAGAAGUAGUUACAGAAUUACAGGAAGAACAAAAAUCUUUAAUAUGGUUCUUGAUGAAACAAGUUCGACCAGGCAUGGAUUUAUCGAAAGUAGUCUUGCCGACUUUUAUUUUAGAACCUCGUUCGUUCCUAGAAAAACUGGCUGAUUCUUAUUACCAUGCAGAUUUAUUGUCCCAAGCAGUAGUGGAAGAUGAUGCAUUUACACGUAUGAAAGGUGUUGUUAAAUGGUAUUUAUCUGGAUUUUAUAAAAAACCUCAGGGUUUGAAGAAACCAUACAACCCGCUUUUGGGUGAAACUUUCCGCUGUUAUUGGCAGCAUUCUAAUGGUUCAAGGACUUUCUAUAUUGCUGAACAGUUAUCUCAUCAUCCACCUAUAUCAGGCUUCUAUGUUACAAAUCGACAAGAUGGAUUUACUAUUAGUGCUACAAUUAUUGCUAAAUCUAAAUUUUAUGGAAAUUCAACAUCAGCAGUUUUAGAUGGUGUUGCAAUACUGACAAUGUUGCCCAGAGGAGAAGAUUAUACAAUGACGAUACCUUACGCCCAUUGUAAAGGUAUUCUUAUGGGAACAUUAUCUAUGGAAUUAGGUGGGAAAGUUCAUAUAAAUUGUGAAAAGACAGGUUAUCAUACUGAACUAGAAUUCAAACUCAAGCCAUUUCUUGGAGGUGCAGAACAAAUGAAUCAAGUUACAGGAGGAAUACGUCUAGGAAAAGAAACUCUUGCUAUUAUAUCAGGCUAUUGGGAUGGUCAAAUAUUAAUUACAGAUAAAAGAACUGGGCAAGAAAGUGUGUUUUUCAAUCCUACUCCAGAAAUACGUAAAAAGAGAUUGAAAAAGUACACUGUACCUCUAGAACAUCAAGGUCCAUGGGAAAGUGAGAAAUUAUGGUACGAUGUUACUCAGGCAAUUAAUGGCGAUGAUCAAGUUGCUGCUACUGACGCAAAAACUCAAUUGGAAGAAGCACAAAGAGAGCGUGCUAAAGAACGAAAACUUAAAGGACAGGAAUGGAUUCCUAAGCAUUUUGUUCAGGAUAUUAUAACGGGUAACUGGGUUUAUCGACAUGCGGAUGUUCGACCAUGGGAUCCUAGAAAUGAUGUUGUACAAUAUGAACAAGAUUACAUAGUACGUACGAAAACUAGACACAAAACACCAAUUAUGCGUACUGGAAGUAUCGUAUCAACUGAACCACAGACACAGGUUCCACUUCUUCAAGCUGAGUCACGUUCUUCGCUUUCUGUAUUAAAAUCUUCCAAAAGACAGUUGUCUAAUAAUUUACCAUUAACAGAGACCGCUCAUGAUUCUGGGAGUUCCUCUGCAGAGGUACACUCAGAUUCUAGUCAGUCAGUAGGUAAAAGAAAACGUUCUACAGCUAGGAUAAUGGAUCUUAUAAAGGACAUAGAAAGACAAAUGUUAGAACAUAGUGAUAGACUUAAUCAUAUAAAACACAUAUUAGAACAACUUGCUAUAAUACAAAGAGAACAAGUUUAUCAACACCAUAGUAUAAAUAUGUUGAAAAGCUUCAUUGAUACGAUUCUUGUUAUUAUAAUAGUUUUCUCUGUACAAUACUUUGUAAAAAUAUGGACCGAUGAACCUAGCGGAGGUUGAAGAGUAUGAUAACAGAAUCGUAGUAUAAAUUGUAUAUAUUAUUUAUCUUCUCUCAAUUCGGAUUAUCAGCUUUUGCGCCAGGAACAAGCUUUGAAAAGAAAAAUCUUAAAAUUUGAAGUACCUAAUUUACACGUGUUUUUAUGGGAGAUAAUAAAACACGCCGUUUUUAAUAGAAUACCGCUAAAUGGAUAGAGUAAAAUAAUUUAGAACUAUUAAAGAUAUACUUAUUCAGGUAAUCGUAGUGCAAUGUUAUUUUAUUUAUAGCUUUUGGAUAGUUUAAUUUUUGAUUUGUAAGAUGGUACGUUAUGGCUAUAUAAAUGUAAGCUACAUUCUCUAGUGAUUAAUAUAACACUUAUAGUUUUUGUUAAACGCUCCUCACGCCAGCAAUGAACUAUACAAGGUAAAAGGAAUUUUUUUGAGCUUAUCAAUAGUAAUAUUUUGAGCUUAUAUAUAAUAUUUUAUGUGCUAAUGCACAAGAAAAUAAUUAUAUAUUUAUUCAGAAAUUCUAAUGAUGUUGUAGUAUUUACUGCAGGCGCUCAAUAGUAAAAUGUAUCGAUGAUAAUAAUAAGAUAAUUGUAAAGAUAUAACGACAUAUAUUAUUAUAAAUUUUAUUAUCUUGGAAUUAUGGCGACUAUAAAAUAGGAAAAGCUAAUUGCAGUUUAAAGUAAUAUAUAGAAUUAAUUUUAUAGUGCAUCAGUAUUAUUAUUUUGAUUAAUACAAUGAAAUUCCUAAUAAAAUAAGUAUCAAAUAUUAGAAUUGUGCACACGAUAUGAAACAAGAGUUACAUCCAAAUUUUUGCUACAUAACUUAAAUCAUGAAUUUAUUUUGUGUCAUUUGCAUCUUCCUGUUAAUAAACAUAUUAUGAUGCAUUUAAUAUUAGAGCAAUACUAUGCUUUUAUAUUUAGAAUGAGUUUUAUUGAUGAUUGUUUUAUACUUAUAUAAUUUAAAGCAUAUUUCUAAAUAUGUUUACAAAUGAUUGAAAAGUUCUUGUAAUUUUAUUAGACAUACUUAAAUGUUUACUUUAAAAAUAAAGAUGAACUUGAAAUAAAGAUGAAAGAAUAUAUUUAGUAAAAUAAAAACAAUUUAGACCACAGUAAUGCCAUUGUUGAAAUAUCAAUUUGUGAUGGAUAAUUUUUUAAUUUAACAAUAUAUCAUAUAAAAUUAAAAAUAUUGACAAUAUACAUACACUUCUCGUCAAAAAGAUAGUCCAGGUGUGCUAUCUUUAAUUUUUAAAGUUUUUCGUCUGUAACGCAUAAUAUCGAAACAUUAUGAGCUCAGAAUAUGCGGUUCGUUGAAAAUAAUUAAAAAUAUUAUAAGAUUUAUUCUGAGCUCAUAAUGUUUUGAUAUUAUAUUAUAUUACAGACGAGAAACUUUACACACGUCAUUGAGAAAUUAAAGAUAGCACACCUGGGUUAUCUUUUUGGCGAGAAGUGCAUAUAAUAAAUACAUUAAUAAUUCUGUAUCAGUUCAAAGCUUCGAAUUGACUUUUUAGCUAAGUAUAACAAAAUAAAACUUUUAAAUGGUAGUCAAUGUCCUUGUUUAUGAAAAAAUUACAUAAAAAUAAAAUUUAAUUGAUGUUUUAAUAUCUUUACUUUAAUUAAUAUGUAGUGUACAUACUUCAAUAAAACAAAAGACAGAUAAACCUUUGUAUAAAUAAUAAUUCAUUUAUUAUUAGUAUAAAUUAAUUUCGUUUAUAAAAACAAAUUAUAAAUAAUAUGAUCUAUAAAAUUUCAAUACUAAGUAUAACAAAAUAAAACUUUUAAAUGGUAGUCAAUGUCCUUGUUUAUGAAAAAAUUACAUAAAAAUAAAAUUUAAUUGAUGUUUUAAUAUCUUUACUUUGAUUAAUAUGUAGUGUACAUACUUCAAUAAAACAAAAGACAGAUAAACCUUUGUAUAAAUAAUAAUUCAUUUAUUAUUAGUAUAAAUUAAUUUCGUUUAUAAAAAUAAAUUAUAAAUAAUAUGAUCUAUAAAAUUUCAAUACCAUCCUUUACUAAUUUUUUAUAUAUAUAGAAAUUAUUUUUCUAUAGUAAAUAUGUAUAAAUAUUUUUUAACUGUUACUACAUGUUUAGUGCAAUUUAAAUGAAUAUUAUUUUUUUAAAAUAGAGGAGUAAAAUAUUCCUUAAUUAUUAACAUUUUUAUUUACAUAAAAAUUAUGAGAAAAAUUAUAUUCAAAUUAAUGUCCUGUUGCAUGA